CUAGGACCCUGACCCUAUGCUCAAAGCUCUUCUGCUCUUCAGCCAUUGUCUUUAGUUUUUUUAGUCAGUUCAGUCAGUCCAGUGUUGUUGUGAAUGUGAGUGGUAAAUAAAUGCCAUAUUGCCAAAUUACCAAAACUCAGCAAUAAAAUUAUCGUCAGUCUUUUACGUUGUUUGAUUUUUUUGCAGGUUUGUUUGUAUACUUAUUUGCUGAUUGCUGAAUGCUGGAUAGCUGGAACUUGUUUACGUUUCAGUUGCAUAGGAAGGAUAUCUUGAAGGAGGAAUAUGAUCUUAUCAUUCAUUACGAAAAAACUAAAUAACUAGUAAUACUACUUUUGUGACAGUUGUUUCCAAAUAUUGUGUGCCGGCAAUUCAGAUUAGGGCCUAAUAAAUAGUAGGCCUAGCCCUAACUAAACUACAAUGACGGUUUUAUUUGGAAUUGUCAGAUUGGUGCAACAGAAUAUUCUCAAAAUUAGUCCUGGCCACUCAUAUAUCAAACAUGCUGGAUAUACCAGACUUUCAGAAGUUGGGCGUCUGGAUGCUCCUAAACUAUCCGGAAAUUAUGAGACAGGACAGUUAUUCCUACACAAAGUGUUUGGCUACCGUGGAGUGAUUCUCUUUCCUUGGCUUGCCAGGGUCUAUGACCGGGACAUUCCAAACAAACGAGCCAAACCCAGCGCCAUGAGUUCAGACUAUGGGGAAACCACACCCCCCGAUUCCCCCUGUAGCUCCGGCUCGCAAUGGUGUGAUCUCACAGAAGACCGCCUUAAGAUCUUCUUUAUUUACAAUCAGCAAGAUUAUAAGUGGAUUCUAAAUGUGGAACCAGAAACCCCAUCUGCAGCAGGAAAAGAAGUGAAGAGUAAAACGCACACUUUUUAUCAAGUGUUGAUUGAUGCGAGGGAUUGUCCCUUCAUUAGGGCACAAACUGAAGCAGUUACAUUCCUUGGAAACCAAGACAGUAGUCGAAGUCUGUAUGCGAUCCCAGGGCUCGACUAUGUUGCGCACGAAGAUAUCCUCCCGUAUACCACGACAGAGAAGCAACCUCUUCAGCACGAGCUCUUCGACAAGUUCCUACUCUAUCAGCCAGAUAAAGAUCCUCCAUUUGGAGCUCAGGACACACUUAGGGCUUGGCAAAAGAAAAACCACCCCUGGCUAGAACUGUCAGACGUGCACAAGGAGACGACGGAAAAUGUCCGGGUGACUGUGAUCCCAUUCUAUAUGGGCUGCAGGGACUCCCAGACCUCAUCUGUCUACUGGUGGAGGUACUGUAUCCGCCUAGAAAACCUGGGAGACAUGUCUAUCCAACUAAGAGAGCGACAUUGGAGAAUAUUCAGCUUGUCAGGGACACUGGAGACUGUACGAGGACGAGGGGUCGUAGGCCAAGAACCUGUGCUGAGCCGUGCGAUGCCGGCUUUCCAAUACAGCAGUCAUGUGAGCCUACAGGCACCCAGCGGUCACAUGUGGGGCACAUUCAGAAUGGAGCGUGAAGAUGGGUACACCUUUGACUGCAGGAUCCCUCCAUUUUCCCUAGAAAGCAAAGGAGAGGAAGGCAGUUCUCCUUCUUCUACCGGGACUGAUUAGAUUGUUAAUUUAUUGUCGUUACCACAUAACUUAUUUAUUGUUAUUGUUUGAUUCCUUUUUUUGUAAGCUUUUGAGCUCUUUCAUCAUGAGUGAUAUUUAUUUUGUUUAGGAGAAUUUGUUUUUUAGUCCAAUGAUAAAUCUUUGUUUGUUAUGAUGUGAGUAAAUACUAUAAAUUGGUGUAAAUACCUGCAUUUAUGUGAUCUUAAAUGUUGCGUUUUGGCAAAACACGGGAGUCAACUUUAGGCUUGUACAGAUGUCAUCUUGUCUUUUCAUUCGAAAGUCGUCAACAUUAGUAAUGAAUAUAACACACACACAGACAUAAAAACCACAAACAUUUAGAAGAAAAACCAGGAGAUCAUACUGUAGGUAAGCGGGACACAACGAGAUACUGUACGAGUAUCACUACUACUGUAUUACUGUACUAAGUAUUAGUGUACGACAAUACCUACAGUAUUAUCUUUUUGUUUUUGUCACUUAAUAUUUGUGUUUUUUUAUGUCUAUGUGCGUGUUAUAUUUAUUUCUAAUGUUGACGACUUCGAAUGUAGAGACAAGAUGACAUCUGUAUUAGCCUGAAGAUGACUCCUGUGUCGAGUAAAAACUACUUGCCAUAACACAACAUCAAAGAAAAUAUAUGUAGGUAUUUACACCAGUUUAAAGUAUUUAAGUGUGAUCAGGAGGAUAAAACUCGAUAAAAUCAAUAACAAUAUACACUUCAGUCCCGCUAUUCCGAACACAGGUAAUCCGAACAUAAAUUUCCCAAUUAAAAAUUGUACAAAAUUAAGUACCAAGAAAAUGUUUUAAAUUGCAUUACUUAAUCCUAGUGUGUUAACAUGAAUCAUAUAUUUAACAGUUUGGACACAUUAUUUAUAUGCAGUAGGCUCCCACAUUAUGGUUUUUGAGACAUGAUAGUUCAUUUGGGGAAAAUAAAAUAAAACAGAACAAAGAAAUAUUUUUGUGGCUCUAAGAUAACGUGAUAUGAUUGUAAAGUUUGUUAUGAGUUAUCUAAUAUUUGUAUGGUUUUCAAUAUGAUAUGUUUUCAUUAUGACAUGUUUUCAAUAACGGGAAAAUUAAUGCUAGUUGAUUAUUAUUUACUGGUUUCCUAUAUAUCAAUAGCAUGAGCUGUUUUGUUCUUUAUGUAAUUUAUUACUGACUGGUUUGCAUUAUUUGUGCCCCCAUUAUUGGUCAAUCAAGGUUAUUUAAAUUCUUUCGGCUAAUCCUAUUUGGUGCCAGUUAGUUUGGAUUAUCUGGACGCAAGUGUACUUGAAUUAUUCUUUUGUUCAUCAAAGUAAUUACGUUUUGUUUCUCGACUCAAAUGUCACCAAUUUAAUCAUACAAAGGUUAGAUAGUACAAUUUCUGUUAUUUUGUAACUUCCAAAUAAAAAUGUAAAUAUUUUUA